UUUUGCGAUUAAGAUUUAUCAAUAAAAAGUUCUUCUAAAAUGAAUUAUUAAUUUUAUUCUGCUGUAGUGUUCUGUCAGCCAUCUUAGCAUUUAAGCAUGGAAAAUAAAUAAUUGAUAAUUUAUUUUAUCAAUAGAAAUAUGUAUAGCUAACCUCACAUUAUUUCGAAUACUUUCGUAAGAGGACGGUACACACCUUUACAACACAUAUUAUAUCAUAUACAUGUGCAUUUUAUAUUUUGUUUUGUUCUGAAACUGUUUUGAACAAAAUGGCAGAUUCGCUAGCUAAAUAUGGAUUAUACGUGGAUGAUUUAUGCAAAUUACGUAUUCUAGAACCAGAGGUAACAACACAAAGUGAAAAAUUGAGCGUAGAAUGUCAAGAUUUUGUAUCCAAAAUAACUGAUUUUAAAAAAAAUGCUGAUUUCUUUAUUGAAACGCUUGAUAAAUUAGCGGCUGAAGUAGAGAAAGAAAAAAUGCGAACAAUUGGCGCGCGAAAUUUGUUAAGUUCAGUUGAAAAGCAAAGAGAUGCACAAAAACAAAAAAUACAGGCAAUGAUUAUCGAGAAAACAAUGGAAUUAGAACGUCUACGCGUCCAAUAUGAUUCAUUGAAGAAAAUUGAGUCAGAACAACUCGAAACAAUAGAACAUUUGAUGAUUAAUUAAUUAUUUUACAUACUUUCUUUCGACUGAGUGGAUUUAUGAAUAACACAAAAAUAAUUUACUAUUAAUGCAUUCACAAUUUAAAAAUGAUAAUUGAUAGUUACUUUUGUCUGAGGAAUUAAUAGAAUUAGAGGAAUUGUUUGGGAAACUGAUUCAAAGCUAAAUGUAUUUUAAUUUAUUAAUCAUCUAUAUUCAGUAAUUGAAAGCUUUAUCUAUUAGACAUUAAAUAAAAACUAGCAAAUCAAAAGUUCUUUACAACAUAUCAAACAUGAUUUGUCUUUAAAUGAAAGUACAAAUUA